AUGCCCGGCCGCAAGAGCGUUCUCUUCGUCUUCACCUCGGCCUCACGCGUCCUGAACGGUGACCCCACAGGCUGGUACCUCCCUGAGGCUGCUCACCCCUACUACGAAGUUGAGCCUCACCACGACAUCGACUUCGCCGCAACCAAGGGCCCGAACCCGCCCAUCGACGGUAACUCCGUCGUCCAGCUUCACUACGACGAGUACCAGCUCCGUUUCCUUGAGGACCCCGUCGUACAGAAGAAGCUCCGCGAGUGCAAGUAUCUCAAAGACUGCAAGGCGUCCGACUACGACGCUAUCUUCUACGUCGGCGGCCGUGGCCCCGCCAUCGAUCUCGCGACUGACCUCGACAACAUCAAGCUCUGCAACGAAGUGCGUUCCUUCUCCCUCCUCGCUCCAUCCCACCGGUUUGCUGACAAGAUACGUGCUAUGGUCGCACAGUUCUGGCAAUCAGGCAAGAUCGUCUCCGCCGUGUGCCACGGCCCGUGCGCACUCGUGAACGUCCAGAAUGCGGAUGGCACGUCGAUCUACAAGGGCAAGAAGUACACCGGGUUCAGCAACGUCGAGGAGGAGCUCAUCGGUGGUGUCACUGGUCUUCCCUUCCUCCUUGAGACCAAGUUCCAGAUGGCCGGUGGUAUCUAUGUCAAGGCUGAGAAGCCCUGGCUCUCGAACGUUGUCCGCGACGGCAAGCUCAUCACGGGCCAGAAUCCUGCAUCGGCCCAGGCCAUCGGCAAGGCCCUCGCUGCCGCCCUCGCCGAGUAG